UCGUGCAGUCUCGCAUCUGCCCAAGUCUCGCGGGACGAGUGGGCGGGUAGGUUAUCUUCUUUUUAUUUCCAAUUAGCUGAGCCCUACCUGGAAUUCGCAACGACCUUCGCACUCCUCCCUUAGAGCCGUUGUCAUCGGCCGACACUUUUUGGUUCUCGCAAGGACACUGUUUUGAAUUCGGCGUCCUCGCAAAUAAUUGAUUGUUUCAGUGUUCUCGCGUAUCUCUCAGACAUGUUCGUUUGCGAAAGAAUGCCGACCAGCGCUGCACUGUGUGCUUUUCGCGUCCUUGCUGCUCGCGCUGUUGUGGACGACGAUGCGCUCCGGAGCCGUGGUUCUGGGUCCCGAAUACGUCCUCUUCGCCCGCCGCAUGGAGGAACCCGACGUGACGGACGCCAUCUGCGUCCUUCGUCCGUCCCAAGGAAGCAACGUCACCGGCGUGCUCAACUUUCAGCAGAAGGAUCCCGACGACUUCGUGACCAUUACUGGUGACGUCACUGGGCUGUCUCCGGGUCUUCACGGUUUCCACAUCCAUCUGCGGGGUGACCUUACUCACGGCUGCUUGAGCACGGGCCCCCAUUUCGACGUUGGCAGGGGAAGCUGGCAUGGGGCUCGGGUGGACGUCGUACGCCACGUUGGAGACCUGGGCAAUGUCGAGGCUGAUUCCCGGGGCGAGGUUUUCUUCACCAUCAAGGAUCGGCUUGUGUCACUCAAUGGACCGAACUCUAUUGUAGGACGGUCAGCUAUCAUUCACGCGCUGGAAGAUGACCUUGGUCAAGGCGGCACUCCGGAGAGCCGACUGACCGGCCGCUCUGGAAACAUAGUCGCCUGCGGAGUCAUUGGGGUCACACAUCCGAAGGACCAAUAAGGCCGAGAGCCGCGCAGGGCUUAGUUGAAGAUAACAGCUGUGAGCGGCUCUGCUUUCGUUCUUUUUCCACAGCCGACGGUCGAGCAAUUUAAUCAAGCUUGAGUCGCUGCAACGGAGCUCCGUGUGCUCCCUUUGAGCUACAAGUCAACUGUAAUUCAAUAUACAACGAGUAAAUAUUUAUACGUUAUGUAAAUAAAAUAUUUCCUAUUUUCUUU